CAACUAUUUUGGGCCCGGCCGGGCCGAAAGUCCACACCAAUUUCAGACGGUAACGGGCUCCGGGCGCGAGCCUGUAAUGAGAAAACCUGCGCCGGCGCCACUACCGUCGUCUAGACGUCUACAGCGACAAUGGCUGGAGCCGGGAAGGACUCGCUAAAUUGCGGCAAGCGGCACAAGCGGACAGAAGAGGAGCACAGUGGUCCCUUUUGUCAUCUUUUGCCUUCACUCUCAACUCUCCCUCUCUCUCUCUCUCUCUCUCUCUCUACUGCACCGUGGGGCACUGACUCGGCUCUCUCUCUAUCGACUUCUCAUCUAUUUCUAUGGUCUGCGAAUAAAAUGGCUUCCAGCAGUAUAGCCAGGACGAUCCUUCUUGGUCAGCGCGUCACCCAAUUCUGCUCCUCCUCUUCCUACGCUCCCCAGCGAUUCGGUGCUCUCUUCAGCCUGAACUCCAAGAAGGCGCAGCUUCACCAGUUUAGAAUCCCCACCAGAACAUCUUACAAGGCAACAAGUUGGGUUCCUCGUGCUAUGGCUUACACGUUAGGAGGAAAAGCUACUUUCUCCACACAGUCGUUAUCUACCAAUGAACCUGUUAUUUCUGUUGAUUGGCUCCAUUGCAACCUCAGGGAGCCUGGCAUAAAGGUUCUUGAUGCAUCUUGGUAUAUGCCUGAUGAGCAGAGGAACCCAAUUCAGGAGUAUCAGGUUGCUCAUAUUCCAGGGGCUCUGUUCUUUGAUGUGGACGGUAUAUCAGAUCAAAAUACAAAUGUGCCACACAUGUUGCCAAAGGAGGAAGCUUUUGCAGCUGCUGUUUCUUCUCUAGGAAUUGAAAAUAAAGACGGAGUGGUUGUAUAUGAUGGGAAGGGGAUUUUCAGUGCAGCUCGUGUCUGGUGGAUGUUCAGAGUUUUUGGACAUGACAAAGUUUGGGUGUUAGAUGGAGGCCUUCCUAGAUGGCGUGCUUCAGGGUAUGAUGUUGAAUCUAGUGCUUCUAGUGAUGCCAUCUUGAAAGCUAGUGCUGCUAGUGAAGCAAUACAGAAAGUAUAUCGAGGCCAACCUGUAGGGCCAAUAACAUUUGAGACCAAGUUCUUGCCCCAUCUUGUCUGGACUCUUGAACAGGUUCAGAAGAACAUCGAGAAUAAGACUUGCCAACAAAUAGAUGCCCGUUCAAAACCAAGGUUCGAUGGUGCUGCACCGGAACCACGAAAGGGUGUUCGAAGUGGUCAUGUACCCGGAAGCAAGUGUAUUCCUUUUCCUCAGAUGCUCGACUCAUCACAAACUCUGUUACCAGCAGAGGAGUUAAAGAAACGAUUUGAUGAAGAAGGCAUCUCUUUGGAAGCCCCAGUUGUCACCUCAUGUGGAACCGGUGUAACUGCUUGCAUCCUUGCUUUGGGUCUGCACCGACUUGGCAAACACGACGUGGCAGUUUACGAUGGGUCUUGGACAGAAUGGGGUGCUCAUCCAGAGACACCUGUCGAUACAUUGUCGUAGGUCCUUACCCUUGCUGCUGUCCAUGUCAAGGUGGUGGCGGGGAAGCUUUGCUAAUUCUGCAACACACGUAACUGUAACCAACAGUGGUGUAAUCCUAGAAUGGUUGAACAUUGAAUGAAUAGGGUUUUCUAUGGUAUGUUGUUGCCUAUUUCCUUUUGGGUUCUUAGGCAAGUUAUGCUGCAUCUGACCUGAACCCUUCCUCAGUCUUUUACAAGUCUUUGACAUUAAAAGUUCUAGGAUUUUUUUUUUGUUUGAUUCUCGUGAGCUGUGGAAAUAAAUGAAAGAGAAACAUGGUGGUAUUGAGUAUCGUAGUGAUAGGUGAUAAAUUGCACAUAUUUUGGUUGAUGUAGUUCAUAAUUUGUUUUCUCCGUGAUAUAGAUAGUGAGUAGUGAGAGUUGAACCAAAUCCUAGCAAAAUGGAUGGGUUGGAGAUUCUUCUUCCUAAAUUAUCUUAAAUUUAGAGUUUGUAACACAUUUAUGUUAGACAAAGAAGACUGUAAUUAAGUAUUCUUACUUUGAGAUUUCUAGAACACAUUCUUAAUUAACAUAUGAUUAUCGUGUAUCUCAUCCAAAACUCAUUAUGAAGAGGCGAUAAGCUGCACAGUAGUUACCGAUGUAAUAAAUCUAGAGAGUAAUUAGUCAACUUCAUCUAAAAAAAAGGAGGUCAAAGACCAAUUGACGAAACCAAAUACAACAAAUAAAUGGCCAAAAAAGGGGGGAAAUAAAAAAAGCCAACAAAACACAAAUACUAAUCCAAAGCAAUAAAAAGGGUGGAAAUCA